CAUGCCGGAUGGUGGCGACACUUUGCAUUGCACACAGAAAAAGCAAGGACGCUGUUGACUCAUCUUCCCCGGCCGGCUGCUUCCGCAAACGGUAGGACGAACCCAGCCUCGAGUCGGCGAGUCAGGCGCAGGCGGCAAGCGUUCUGCUCUUCUCGUAAACAGGAAACUCGCGAGCCCCGACCAAUAGGACGCCGAGGUCCAGCCGUAGUGACGUCGAUUUCGAUUAACCCGAGCCGAGCAGGCGCGAAUCCUUCCGGUGUCACCCAAGCCCAUCUCCCCAUCCCCAGCAAUUUCCUCCUCGUCGCAUUCCUCGUCCGGAUCUCCAAUCCUCCCGCCCCGUGCGCCUCCCUCCGCUCCAGAUCUGCGCGCCGCCACCGGAUCCGCAGCCAGCGCGGCCGGCAUGGAGGAGACGCCGCCGGGGCAGCGGCCGCAGCCGCAGCCGCCGUCGGCGCACGCGUCUCCUCCGUUCGCCCAGGCGCCCUUCACGCCGCCGCCGCGCGUCUUCUCGCCGGGCCUCGCCGCCGCGCGGGGCACGCCCAGCCCGGGCUCGGGGCCCGGCCCCGCGACGGCGCACCUCAGCACGCCACCCGGCCCGCCCGUCUUCUCCUCGCCGCUGCGCCCCGCGGCCGUGCCCUUCCGCGCCACCCCGGCCUCGCCCCACCCCGUGCCUUUCGCCGCCUCGGGGGCCUACUCCUCGUCCUCCUCCGCCACUGCCGCCACCACGGGCUCCCUCCCCACCUCGUCGGCGCCGCACUUCCUCAACGGCGCUGCCACGCCUCACGGGGACCUCGCUUCUGCGCCACCACCGCUCCAGGGGGACGGCCUCGACAACCCCUAUGUACAGUUCUCCGCAAACAAGGUUCUGAAGCAGAAGAAGCUGCUCAAUGCCUCUAGCUUGGGGUUUGGAGCUCUGGUUUCUCCAGGGAAGGAUGUGUCGCCUGGCCCAGAGAUUGUGGAACGUGAUGCACGGCGUUGCCUGAACUGCGGGGCAUAUGUGAACUUGUACUGUGAUGUCCAGAUCGGCUCCGGGCAGUGGCAGUGUGUCAUUUGCAAGAAGCUCAAUGGCAGCGAGGGGGAAUUUGUGGUCUCCAGCAAGCAGGACCUGCUCCAUUGGCCAGAGCUCGCAUCCACGACUGUGGAUUAUGUGCAGGUGGGGAACAGGCGGCCAGGCUUUGUCCCAGUGUCUGACACAAGGGUGUCCGGCCCCAUUUUUAUCCUCAUAGAUGAAUGCCUCGAUGAGGCGCACCUGCAGCAUCUCCAGGGAUCCUUGCAUGCCUUUGUGGAUUCACUCCCUCCUACCGCAAAGAUAGGAAUAAUCACCUAUGGGAGAACUGUUUCAGUGUAUGAUUUCUCAGAGGGGGCAGCAGUGUCAGCGGAUGUGCUACCUGGAAACAAGUCGCCUACCCAUGAGUCUUUGAAGGCUCUAAUCUAUGGGACAGGUGUUUAUCUGUCUCCUAUACAUGCUUCGCUGCCUGUUGCACACACAAUAUUCUCAUCUCUGAGACCCUAUCAGCUGAGUGUGCCAGAAGUGUCAAGGGAUCGGUGCGUUGGAGCAGCAGUAGAGGUUGCCCUUGGUAUUAUUCAAGGGCCGUCAGUGGAGUUGUCUCGUGGAAUCAUCAAGAGAUCAGGUGGCAACUGCAGGAUCUUGGUGUGUGCUGGUGGCCCUAGCACCUUUGGACCUGGAUCAGUGCCUCAUUCGGUUAAACAUCCAAACUAUGCUUAUCUGGAGAAGACAGCUAUGAAGUGGAUGGAGAGUCUUGGUCAUGAAGCACAGAGACACAGUACUGUCGUUGAUAUCUUUUGUGCUGGACAAUGCCCUGUGAGGGUCCCUGUUCUGCAACCAUUGGCAAAGUGUUCUGGAGGUGUGCUCUUAGUUCAUGAUGACUUUGGAGAGGCCUUUGGGGUCAAUUUGCAAAGGGCAUCGACUAGAGCAGCUGGUUCCCAUGGUUUAUUCGAGAUCAGGUGUUCAGAUAACAUGCUUGUUACUCAAGUUAUUGGCCCUGGUGAAGAGGCGUCUCCUGAUUCUCAUGAAACAUUCAAGCAUGAUAGUUCUUUUUGCAUCCAGAUGCAUAGUGUUGAGGAGACACAGAGUUUUUCUGUGUCUAUGGAGACAAAGGGUGAUAUCAAAAGUGAUUUUGUUUUCUUUCAGUUUGCGGUCCAUUAUUCCGAUAUAUAUCAAACAGAAAUCACUCGGGUGAUCACUAUGAGGCUACAGACUGUUGAUGGUUUGUCUGCAUAUCUGUCAAGUGUGCAGCAGGAUGUUGCGUCAGUUAUCAUUGGUAAAAGAACUGUAUUGCGUGCCAGGACUGCCUCUGAUGCUAUUGAUAUGAGGCUCUCAAUUGAUGAAAGAGUAAAGGACAUAGCUCUCAAAUUUGGUACUCAGGCCCCAAAAUCGAAGCUGUACCGCUUCCCAAAAGAACUAGCAUCACUCCCAGAGUGCUUGUUUCAUCUGAAAAGGGGACCACUUUUGGGUAGCAUAAUCGGACAUGAAGAUGAAAGAUCUGUACUUAGGAAUUUGUUCCUGAAUGCUUCGUUUGAUCUUUCGCUCCGUAUGCUGGCACCUCGGUGCAUAAUGCAUCGUGAAGGUGGUACGUUUGAGGAGUUGCCAGCAUAUGAUCUUGUCAUGCAAUCUAAUGCUGCAGUGGUACUGGACCAUGGAACAGAUAUUUUCAUUUGGUUGGGUGCUGAGCUAGCAGCCCAAGAAGGACAAAGCGCAGCAGCUUUAGCUGCAUGCCGUACUCUGGCAGAAGAGCUCAGCGAACAACGUUUUCCAGCUCCCAGGAUACUAUCAUUCAAACAAGGAAGCUCUCAGGCUAGAUAUUUUGUCUCACGCCUGAUCCCAGCUCACAAGGACCCUACAUAUGAGCAGGAGUCAAGGUUUCCGCAAUUACGGACGCUUACUCCUGAGCAAAGGGCUAGGCUAAAGAGCAGCUUCAUCCAGUUCGACGACCAUAGUUUUUGCGAGUGGAUGCGCAGCCUCAAAUUGGUCCCACCAGAACCAAGCUAACACAAGUAGUUUGUGCCGUACACUUUUGAACGGUGGAUAGCAACAGAAGCUAUGGCGUGACAUCAGAUCGAGUUUUUGCCCAAAGGAUAGCUGAGAUCUUUAUGAGCCAAAUUGUGGCAUCGCCAGACAUGCCCGAGCUGAUCACACAUUUGGUUUGGUGAACAGCCAUUUAGGUGCGGUGGAAUUGUAUGAUUUUGCAUAAUUCUUUUUUUUCCUUAUCCUUUUGACCCUGAUUUGGUAGAGUAAUUUCAUAAAUAGUCCCUUGUCAAUUGUCAUUACAGGCGGAGAAAUUCAAACAAUAAGAUUGUGGCAGAUGUUACAUGUAUACAAACCUUUUUGAGAUGGUCUCAUUAUAUAUUAGAGUAGAGUCCAUUGUCGGUCCC